AUGGUGGUCUAUUCCUUCUAUGUGUUUGAUCGCCAUGCCGAAUGCAUAUACAAAAAACGAUGGGCACCUCGACCAGGGUCUUCCUCAAAAGCACCUCAGGCGAACGGUGUUCUGGACGUUCAAUCACCAUUCAAGGGUCUCAGCGUUGAGGAUGAUGCCAAAUUGGUGUUCGGCACAAUAUUCUCUUUGAGAAACAUGGUCAGGAAGCUAGGCGGCCCAGAUGACAACUUCAUCUCCUAUCGGACGGGUCACUACAAGCUGCACUACUACGAAACUCCAACUUCUUUGAAAUUCGUCAUGGUCACGGAUACGAAGACGAACAAUUUGAGGAUUGUCUUGCAUCAGAUAUAUGUUAGUCUCUAUGUGGAGUACGUGAUCAAGAAUCCGCUUUCGCCUGUCGAGCACCCAGGAGGCAUUGGUGUGAAUUGCGAGCUUUUCGAGCUCGGUGUCGAACAGUUCGUGACUGCAUCACUUCAGAAUUGA